ACACUGAACGAGGCACAUGCCCUCCUCGAGAGCAUGGCCACGGCGCUGCUGCGGAUCCGGUCAGACAAGUGGGCCAAGUUUGUGAGCAGCGAGGACAUURCAGUCAUGCUGGAAAAGUUCUUCCAGCAGCAGGAUAUGGUGGAGCUGGUGCUGGGGCUGAGUGCUGCCGGGCAGCCCCUGCCCACCACCUCCUUCCCACCCACCCUGAAGGGCAAAGGRAUCUACUUUGUGAAGAAGAAGGGGGAGAGCAUCACCAACGAGAACUGUCGGAGCGGGCUGCUGGUGGGGGACAUGAGCCCCUCACCCGUGGAGCAGCUCAUCACCGUGCUGCUGGAGGUUGUGUCCCCUCUGCUCCUGAACCAGGACGAGGGGCUGGGCUGGCCCAGGACGGUGGUGGAGGAUAUUGUGCAACACACUCACCAGCUGCAGAACAAGAUGUUCAUGAUGAGUGGGAAGAUACAGGGAAAGCCACUGCUUCCACUGCCAGAGCACCUGGUCAGCUGGGAUGACUCGGGCACCACGGACCGCCUGGAGGGGCCCUUGGAUGGCUCAGUGCUGCACUCCAUCGAGACUGUCAUCAUCGAGUGGUUCCAGCAGGUUGAAGAGAUCUUCAGCCAGGACUCAGCACAGCCACUGCUGGAGGGGCUGAAUCCCCUGCCCAAAGUCGAGUUUGAUUUCUGGCAGACCAGGAUGAUCAGCCUGGAUUGCAUCAAUGAGCAGCUGCUCUCCCCCCAGGUGACCAUGCUGGCCAAGGCACUGGAGAAGGCUGACAGCUGCUACUGGCCAUCCCUGCAGAACAUGUUCAGGACUGUCAGUACUGGUCUGGAGGAAGCCAAUGAUGUCAGCCUCCACCUGCAACCGCUGCAAGCACUGCUGGAUGAGAUAGAGCAAGGGGAAUACUCCCAGGUGCARUCCUUCGUGCCCAAGGUGCUGUGCACUGUCUGCCUGCUCCGGGCUCACUGUGUGUACUACCACUCGCCUGCCAACAUAGCCCGCAUCCUGCAGGAGCUCUGCAACCUCUUCAUCAGCCUGACCAAUAAAUUCCUGAGCCCGGAGGACGUGCUGAAGGGGCUGCAAGGAGAGCCCCAGGAGACCCUGGAGCAAGUCAAAAUGGCCAUCUCCACCUUAGAGAAGUUCUUCCAGUCCUACAGCACCUACUGCUCUGACUUAAUGCCCACAAUGUUCCCGGAACAGCCGGAGCUCUGGGAGUUCCCCCCCACACACAUCUUCAGGAGGUUGGAUGCCUAUGUCAGCAGGCUCAAGACCAUCAAGGAGCUGUUCCAGGCAGCCAUCGACUUCCUGAAACUGGAGAAGACGGUGCUGGGAGGAGUGCGAGGAAAUUUCCUUGGGAGYUGGGUAUUGCAGAUCUCUGAGGACAUGUGUGAGGUCACCAAGACUUUUGCUGACUGCAGAUAUGAUCCCUUGGAUCCUGAUGAAGAGCAAUGGGACAAAGACUUUGCAGAGUUCCAGAAGAAGAUUGAGGAUGCAAACAAGCAGCUGGCUGCCAUCUUCUGCCAGGGCUUUGAUGAUUGCAACCGCCUGUCAUCUGCUGUGAAGCUGGUGCACAUGUUUGCAAACGUGCUGGAGCGACCCCUGAUCAGGGCUGAGGCUUCCCCCUGCUACCUGGCCCUGCUGGGGAUGUUUGAUGCCGAGCUGGAGAGCGUGAAGGCUCUGUACGACACCCGGACGGCGCCCGUGCCGCCCCUCGGGGGUGCCCCRGCCGUCCACAAGAACAUGCCACCCGUGGCUGGCCAGCUGAAAUGGGCUCUGGAGCUGCAGCAGCGCCUGGAGGGGCCACACUCGGACCUGCUGGCCAUCGACCACCCUGCCAUGGUGGGUGCUGAGGCUGAGCUGGUGUCCGCCAAGUACGAGGAAAUGAUGGGGCUGCUGCARAGCUACAGCAAGAGGCUCUAUGAGGAGUGGGCCAGCGGCCCCGGCGAGGUGUGCCACUUCAGCCUGGAGCAGCCCCUGCUGCUCAGGGACCCUGACUCGGGCUUCCUCAGCGUCAACUUCAGCAAAGAGCUCGCUGCCGUCCUGCGCGAGGUGAAAUACCUGAAAAUGCAGCAGCAGCCCGACAUCCCGAGCAACGCUGAGAAACUCUUCGCCCAAAAUGAGACUUUCCAAAAGAUUGGGGACAACUUGGAGCUCAUUGUGGGCUGGUACAAUGAGGUGAAGCGGCUGCUGAUGCCAGUGGAGCGGCCGUUGCUGGCAGAGGAGCUGGAGGCYCUGGACAUCCGUCUGGCCACGGGCGAGCAGACCAUGUUCUGGAACCACGAAGGUGUCAUGGAAUACAUCCAGGAGAUGAGGGAGGUCCUGCAUGACCURCAGAAACGGGUCCAGAGUGCGAAGCUGAACCUGGAGAACAUGACCAAGCUGAUGGAGGACCUCUCAGUCACUCCCUUGUUUGGAAGAAAGGACAACAAACCAACUGCACUCCUGGACCUGGAUGGGAAAGAGAACGCCUUAGCUCAGCGGCGCACUGCCAUCCAGAACACAGGCACCAAGAUCCAGACCAUGAUGAAGGAGAACGCAGCUCUGUUUAGGGCUGACCUGUCCUCGCAGACAUGGAUGGACUAUGUGGCACACAUCGACAAAAUCGUCUUGGACGGGCUCUGCAAACUCGUCCACAAAUCGCUGCAGAUGCUGCUCACCAACAUGGCCCCUGACGCCCAGGUGUCCCCGCUGUUCGAGGUGCACAUGGAGCUCUACGAGGGUCUGGUGCAGUACCGUCCCUCGCUGGAGGUGGGGGCCGGUGACAGCUUCUUGGUGCUGGUGGAGGGGCUGCUCGGGGACAUGGAGGUGGUGGCAGCGUCCAUGCCACGGCUGCUCGAGGGGGCCGUCAGCUACAAGACUGCRCUGGAGCAGCAGGCAGAUCUGGUGAGGAUGCAGGAGAAGCUGAUGUCUCUGGUGGUCACCGCCAUGGGAGAAGGUGAAGAAUUCAGCGCCAGCUUUGAGGAGCACUCCCAUCUGUGGCAGGAGAGCCCCGAGGAGUUCCUGCAGCGCUUCCUSACCCUGGGCAGCGCUGAGGGGAUGGAGGCAGAGCCACAACCUGAGAUGGUCCUGGCACCUGGGAUCCCGUCUCUCCAGCUCUUUCAGCAGGAGAUCGAUGGGCUGGAGGCACUGUAUGAAGAGGUGUUGGGGUUUGCUGAGACCAAGGUGUUUGGCGGGGGGUGGCUGCAGAGUGACUGCCGCCCCUUCAACCAAGCCCUGUCAGGUGAGCACCAUUUGCCUCCCAGCCUCCAGGAGCUGCAGGAUUUCAUCCAGGAGUCCAAUGCUGGCUUGAGUAAACCUCUGGAGGAGGGAGACUAUGAAGGGCUGGUGGCGGUGAUGGGGCACCUGGCAAAGGUCAAGGAGAGGCAGGAGGCGACUGAUAAGAUGUUUGAGCCCUUGAAGGCAACCGUGGAACUGCUCAAGACUUACGGGGACAAGAUGCCAGAGGAGGUGCACCUGCAGCUCCAGAACCUUCCCGAGCGCUGGGAGAACAACAAGAGGCUGUGCCUGCGCGUGGCGGAGAACGCGGCCCCGCUGCAAGCUGCCGAGGCCGAAAUCCUCCGCAAGAAGAGCCAGGAGUUCGAGAGCCGGCAGCAYGCCUUCCGCGAGGCUUUCAAGGAAAAGGCUCCGUUUUCGUACGAGGACCCUGCACCCUACAAGUCACUCAACAGGGUAAGGAAGGGNNNNGCAGUCUUGGAGAAGGACAUGGAAGCCCUGUCCACCUCAGCCACGCUGUUUGAGGUGUCSCUGCCCGAGUACAAACAGCUCAAAGCGUGUCGCAGGGAGCUGCGCCUGCUCAAGGAGCUCUGGGACAUGGUGGACCUGGUGAAGCUGAGCAUCGCCACUUGGAACACAACCARGUGGAGCGAGCUCAACGUUGAGGACAUGGAUAUCGAGUGCAAGAAAUUCGCUAAAGACAUCCGGAGUUUGGACAAGGAGGUGAAGAGCUGGGAUGCGUUCAUAGGGCUGGACAGCAGCAUGAAGAACAUGAUGACAUCGCUGCGCGCCGUGAGCGAGCUGCAGAACCCCGCAAUCAGGGACCGGCACUGGCGGGAGCUCGUGCACACCACCAAGGUGGAAUUCACCAUGUCUGAGAACACCACCCUCGCAGAUCUGCUGCAGCUGAACCUGCACAAGUUUGAGGAGGAGGUUCGCGGCAUUGUGGACAAAGCCACGAAGGAGGCAGGGAUGGAGAAGGUGCUGAAUGCCCUGGACACUACUUGGGCAACGCUGGAGUUUGAGUAUGARCCCCACAGCAGGACCCAGCUCCCGCUGCUCAAGAUGGAUGAGGAGCUCAUUGAGACUCUGGAGGACAACCAAAUGCAGCUGCAGAACGUGUUGGCUUCCAAGUACCGAGCCUUCUUCCUUCAGAGGGGCCAGGAAUGGCAGCAGAAGCUGUCGACCACCGACACUGUUAUCAACACGUGGUUUGAGGUGCAGAGGAAGUGGAGUCAUCUGGAGACAAUUUUCAUAGCAUCUGAAGACACCCGCAGCCAACUGCCAGAGGAGUCCAAGAAAUUUGAUACCAUCGACCAAGAUUUCCGAGCACUGAUGGCUGACGCAGUAAAAACCCCCAAUGUGAUUGAAUGCACCAACAAGCCGGGGCUUACAGCUAGUCUGGACGAUCUGCAGGGCAGGCUGGUGCUCUGUGAGAAGGCCUUAGCWGAAUACCUCGAGACCAAAAGAUUGGCUUUUCCCCGGUUCUACUUUGUCUCCUCUGCGGAUCUACUGGAUAUUUUAUCAAAGGGGACUGAGCCCCUUGAGGUGUCACGGCACCUGACAAAGCUGUUUGACAGUUUGGCCAAGCUGAAGUUCCAGCUGGAUUCGGACAACAAGCCUCAGAAGAUGGCCCAUGGGAUGUUCAGCCGGGACGGGGAGUACGUGCCCUUCGAUGCAGACUGUGACCUGUCYGGCCAGGUGGAGGUUUGGCUGAACCGGCUGCUGGAGCGCAUGCGCUCGACGCUCAGGAACCUCAUGCCACAGGCACUGGGCACCUACGAGGGGAAACCACGGGAAGAGUGGGUGUUUGACUACCCAGCACAGAUCGCUCUGACAUGCACCCAGAUUGCCUGGACCUCAGAAGUUGGGGUAGCCUUCGCCAGCCUGGAGAAAGGUUAUGAAAAUGCCCUGAAGGAUUAUAACAAAAAGCAGAUCGCCCGGCUGAAUGCCCUGAUUUCCCUGCUCCUUGGGAACCUGAGUGCUGGAGACAGAAUGAAGAUCAUGACAAUCUGCACCAUUGAUGUCCAUGCGAGGGACGUUGUGGCCAAAAUGAUCCAAACAAAGGUGGAGAAUUCCCAGGCGUUUGCCUGGCAGUCGCAGCUGCGGCACCGCUGGGAUGAGGGGAUGAAGCACUGCUACGCCAACAUCUGCGACGCGCAGCUCACCUACUCGUAUGAGUACCUGGGGAACACGCCCCGGCUGGUCAUCACCCCCCUGACAGACAGGUGCUACAUCACCCUGACCCAGUCCCUGCACCUCUACAUGGGGGGAGCCCCCGCCGGCCCCGCGGGCACCGGGAAAACCGAGACCACCAAGGACCUGGGCAGGGCCGUGGGCAUCAUGGUCUACGUGUUCAACUGCUCCGAGCAGAUGGACUACAAGUCCUGUGGGAACAUCUACAAAGGCCUUGCCCAGACAGGCGCCUGGGGCUGCUUUGAUGAGUUCAACCGCAUUUUGGUGGAGGUCCUGUCUGUCAUUGCGGUGCAGGUAAAAUGUAUUCAAGAUGCAAUCCGUGCCAAGAAGAAAACAUUCAACUUCCUUGGGGAGACCAUCUCCCUGGUGCCAUCAGUGGGGCUGUUCAUCACCAUGAAUCCCGGGUACGCCGGGCGCACGGAGCUGCCCGAGAACCUGAAAGCUCUGUUCAGACCCUGUGCCAUGGUGGUCCCCGAUUUUGAACUGAUCUGCGAAAUCAUGCUUGUGGCAGAGGGAUUUCUUGAAGCCAGGCUCCUGGCAAGAAAGUUCAUCACUCUCUACACGCUCUGCAAAGAGCUGCUGUCAAAACAGGCAGCUCUGUGCCAGAGGCUGCCCCUGGAUCAGCAGCUCAGCAGCUCCAUCCCCUCCCCACAGGUGCUGAAGUCGCUCAACAAGACGUACCAAAUGCUGAAGAGGAGGCCGGUCACCGUGGACCUCGACCCCAAAGCCGUGACCUGUGAUGAGCUGUUUGGGGUCAUUCACCCGGCCACACGGGAGUGGAAGGAUGGUCUGUUCUCCACAGCAAUGCGUGACCUGGCCAACAUCACCCAUGAUGGGCCCAAAUGGAUCAUCCUGGAUGGAGACAUUGAUCCCAUGUGGAUCGAGUCCCUCAACACAGUCAUGGAUGACAAUAAGGUUCUCACCUUGGCCAGCAACGAGCGCAUCCCCCUCACUCCCACCAUGCGGCUCAUCUUCGAGAUCAGCCACCUGCGGACAGCCACGCCAGCCACCGUGUCCCGGGCUGGAAUCCUCUACAUCAACCCCACUGACCUGGGCUGGAACCCCAUUGUGACCAGCUGGAUUGAGACAAGGACAGUGCAGUCUGAGAAGGCUGCUCUGAUGAUCCUCUUUGACAAGUACCUGCCGCCGUGCCUGGAGAAGCUCAAGUCUGGGUUCAAGACAAUCACCCCUGUUCCUGAGAUCACAUCCAUACAAACAGUUUUGUCGCUGUUAGAAUGUCUGCUGACACCAAAGGCUGUCCCACCAGACUCACCUCGGGAGCAAUAUGAACUGUACUUUGUCUUUGCCUGUGCCUGGGCCUUCGGUGGGGCUUUGUUCCAGGACCAGCUGGUGGAUUACCGCCAGCAGUUCAGCAAGUGGUGGAUCACAGAAUUUAAAACCAUCAAGUUUCCUAGUCAGGGGACAAUUUUUGACUACUACAUUGAUCCAGAAACKAAGAAAUUCAAUCCCUGGGAUGAAAGAGUGCCAGAGUUCGAGCUCGACCCUGAAGUCCCCUUGCAGGCUGCCGUGGUGCACACCACAGAGACCAUUCGGCUCCGCUAUUUCCUGGACCUGCUGAUGGAGAAGCGGCAGCCGGUGAUGCUGGUGGGGAACGCAGGGACGGGCAAGUCUGUCCUGAUGUGGGACAAGCUGGAAGCACUCGGCUCWGAAGAAUUUCUGGUGCAGUCUGUGCCCCUCAACUUCUACACCACAUCAGCCAUGCUGCAGGCUGUCCUUGAGAAACCCCUGGAGAAGAAAUCAGGGAGAGUUUAUGGCCCACCCGGCACUAAAAGGUUGAUCUACUUCAUCGAUGACAUGAACAUGCCAGAGGUGGACAAGUACGGCACYGUGGCACCGCACACGCUCAUCCGGCAGCACCUGGACCAUGGGCACUGGUACGACAGGAACAAGCUGACCCUGAAGGACAUUCGCAACUGCCAGUACGUGGCCUGCAUGAACCCGACCGCAGGCUCCUUCACCAUCGACUCACGGCUGCAGCGCCACUUCUGCGUGCUCGCCGUGAGCUUUCCCAGCCGGGAGGCUCUGCACAACGUGUACGGCACCAUCCUGGAGCAGCACCUGGCCCGCCAGAACGUGCCCGCCCCUGUCCUGAAGAUGCAGUCCCAUCUGGUGGCAGCAGCGCUGGCCCUGCAUCAGAAGGUGGCUUCCAACUAUCUGCCAACAGCCAUCAAAUUCCACUACAUCUUCAACCUGCGGGACCUCUCCAACAUAUUCCAGGGGCUGCUCUUCUCCACCCCCGACUGCCUGAAAACCCCCGUGGAUUUGCUGCGUCUGUGGCUCCAUGAAGCAGAGCGGGUGUAUGGAGACAAGCUUGUGGAUGAACAGGACCAGASCACCUUCAGCAAGCUGCUGGUGGACACCUGCAAAGCCUCCUUCCAGGAGCUCAACGAAGAGGCGGUGUUUGCCAAGCCCAACAUCUACUGCCACUUCGCCCAGGGCAUGGAUGAGUCCAAGUACMUGCCCGUGCACAGCUGGGCAGCUCUGAGUAACCUGCUGGCAGAAGCUCUGGACAGCUACAACGAGGUGAACGCAGCCAUGAACCUGGUGCUCUUUGAAGAUGCAGUGUCUCACAUCUGCAGAAUUAGCCGGAUUUUGGAGUCUCCCCGGGGCAAUGCUCUGCUGGUGGGAGUGGGAGGCAGCGGAAAGCAGAGCCUGGCACGGCUGGCAGCUCACAUCAGCACCCUGAGCGUCUUCCAGAUCACCCUGAGGAAAGGCUACAGCACUGCAGACCUGAAGCUGGACCUCGCCACCCAGUACCUGAAGGCAGCUGUGAAGAACAUUCCCUCYGUGUUCCUGAUGACAGACUCGCAGGUGUCUGAAGAAUCAUUCCUCGUUCUGAUCAAUGAUUUCUUGGCRUCCGGAGAGGUGCCAGGCCUCUUUCAGGAUGCUGACCUGGAUACCAUCAUGAGUGCCAUGAGGCCUCAAGUGAAGUCCCUUGGAUUGGAAGAUACAAAGGAAAACUGCUGGAAAUUAUUUAUAGAAAAAGUCAGGCGCCAGUUAAAGGUCGUGCUCUGCUUCUCCCCCGUGGGCUCCACGCUGCGUGUGAGGGCCAGGAGGUUCCCUGCUGUGGUCAACUGCACGGCCAUCGACUGGUUCCACGAGUGGCCCGAGGAUGCUCUGGUGUCUGUCAGCAGCAGGUUCCUGGAGGAAACGCCAGACAUCGAGCCCGACGUCAAGGUCUCCAUCAGCCAGUUCAUGUCCUUCGUCCACACGAGCUCAAAGGAGAUGUCCAAGACCUACCUGGCYGUGGAGAGACGCUAUAAUUACACCACGCCAAAGACCUUCCUGGAGCAGAUAAAGCUGUACCAAAAUCUGCUGGCCAGUAAAAGGAGCAAGCUGACAGCCAACAUCGAGAGACUGGAGAAGGGGCUGCUGAAGCUGCAGAGCACAGCAUCACAGGUGGAUGACCUGAAAGCCAUGCUGGCAGUCCAGGAGAUAGAGCUGAAGCAAAAGAAUGAGGACACAGACAAACUGAUCCACGUGGUGGGUGUUGAGACAGAGAAGGUCAGCAAGGAGAAAGCCAUUGCUGAUGAGGAGGAGCUGAAGGUCGAGGCCAUCAACAAGAUGGUGGCUGAGAAGCAGCGAGCCUGUGCCAGUGAUCUGGCAGAAGCAGAGGUGGUGCUCUCCGCUGCCCGUGAGGCUCUCGACACGCUCAACAAGUACAACCUGACAGAGCUGAAGUCCUUUGGGUCCCCACCACCAGAGGUGGUGAAUGUGAUGGCAGCUGUGUUGAUCCUGACGGCUGAAAAAGGCAAGAUUCCAAAGGACAAGAGCUGGACGGCAGCAAAAGUCAAGAUAGGAAAAGCAGACACUUUCCUUGCAGCCUUAAAACAAUUUGAUGGGGAGAACAUCCCUGAGCCCUGUCUCAAGGCRUUUGAGCCAUAUCGGACAGAUCCCAACUUUGAUCCAGAGUUCAUCAAGUCCAAGUCAACGGCCGCGGCYGGGCUGUGCUCCUGGUGCCUCAACAUGGUCCGAUUCUACGAGGUGCACUGCAUAGUGAAGCCCAAGAGACAGGCAGUGGCUGACGCUGAUGCUGAGCUGGCAGAGGCACAGCAGAGACUCAGUCGUAUCAAGAACAAAAUUGCUACCCUGAACGCAAAUCUGGCGACUCUGACUGCUCAGUUUGAGAAAGCCACAGCAGAAAAGAUCAAAUGCCAGCAGGAGGCUGAUGAAACCAACAAAGUCAUCAACCUGGCAAACAGGCUSGUCGGGGGCCUGGCAUCCGAAAACGUCCGCUGGGCUGAGUCCGUGGAGGACCUCAGGGAGCAGGAGAAGACGCUGUGUGGGGAYGUGCUGCUGGUCUCUGCCUUCGUGUCCUACAUCGGGUACUUCACCAAGAAGUACAGGGCUGAGCUGCUGGAGCAGCACUGGCUCCCCUUCCUCAAAGGGCAGACGGUGCCCAUCCCCAUCACCCCAGACCUGGACCCGCUCAGCCUCCUGACGGACUCGGCCGAYGUGGCUGCCUGGAACAACCAGGGGCUGCCCAGCGACCGCACCUCGACCGAGAACGCGGCCAUCCUGUGCAGCACCCAGCGCUGGCCGCUGCUCGUGGAUGCACAGCUCCAGGGCAGCAAGUGGAUCAAGAACAAAUACGGGGAGGACCUCAGGAUCGUCCGCCUGGGCCAGAAAAGAUACCUGGACACCAUCGCACAGGCCGUCUCUGAAGGACAGACACUCCUGAUCGAGGACAUYGGUGAGACAGUGGAGCCGGUGCUGGACCCGCUGCUGGGCAGGACCACAGCCAAGGGCAGGUACAUUAGAAUUGGAGAUAAAGAAGUAGAGUACCACCAGCGGUUCCGCCUGAUCCUGCACACCCGAUGUUUCAACCCGCACUACAAACCAGAGGUGCAGGCUCAGUGCACUCUCAUCAACUUCCUGGUGACACGGGAGGGCCUGGAGGACCAGCUCCUGGCUGCUGUGGUGGCCCGGGAGCGACCAGACCUGGAGACCCUGAAGGCAAACCUGACCAAGAGCCAGAACGAGUUCAAGAUCAAGCUGAAGGAGCUGGAGGACUCCCUGCUCGCCCGGCUGUCGGCUGCUGGGGGAGAUUUCCUGCGGGACACAGCCCUGGUGGAGAACCUGGAGAUCACCAAGCGCACAGCCAAGGAAAUUGAGGAAAAAGUAAAGGAAGCCAAAGUCACUGAAGUACAAAUAAACGUUGCCAGAGAGCACUACCGGCCAGCAGCAGAGCGUGCAUCCCUACUGUACUUCAUCCUGAGCGACCUCGGCAAGAUCAACCCCAUCUACCAGUUCUCUCUCAAGGCCUUCAACGGGGUCUUYGAGAAAGCCAUCGAACGUGCAACACCCAGCGACGACACCCAGAAAAGGGUGAUCAACCUGACRGACCAGAUCACCUACUCAGUCUACAUGUACACUGCACAGGGCCUCUUUGAGAGAGACAAACUCAUCUUCCUGGCUCAGGUUGCCUUCCAGGUCCUGGCCAUCAAGAAAGAAGUGAACCCAGCCGAGCUGGACUUUCUCCUGCGCUUGCCUUCCAAGGCCGGGGUCACGUCCCCUGUGGAUUUYCUGCAGAACCAGGGCUGGGGGGCUGUCAAGGCACUUUCAGAAAUGGAAGAAUUCAAGAACCUGGAGAGCGACAUCGAGGGCUCAGCAAAGCGAUGGAAAAGGUUUGUGGAGAUGGAGGCGCCGGAGAAUGAGGUGUUYCCCAUGGACUGGAAGAACAAGUCAGCCCUGCAGAAGUUGUGUGUUCUGCGGUGCCUGCGCCCUGACAGGAUGACCUAUGCCAUCAGGAAAUUUGUGGAAGAGAAGAUGGGCAGGAAGUACGUGGAAGGAAGGAGCAUUGAUCUGGCUGAGGUGUACAAGGAGAGCAGCCCCUCCACGCCCCUGUUCUUCAUUCUCUCCCCCGGUGUGGACCCGCUGAAGGACGUGGAGGCUCUGGGCACCAGGCUGAAUUUCACCAUCGACAACGGCAAGAUCCACAACGUAUCCCUGGGGCAAGGCCAGGAGGUGGUGGCAGAGCAGGCCAUGGAGGUGGCAGCUGCAGAGGGCCACUGGGUCAUCCUGCAGAACAUUCACCUGGUGGCACGGUGGCUGGACUCRCUGGAGAAGCUGGUGGAGCAACACAGCCAGGGCAGCCACCCUGAGUACCGACUGUUCAUGAGCGCCGAGCCRGCCCCCACCCCCGAGUCACACAUCAUCCCCCAGGGACUGCUGGACAACUCCAUCAAGAUCACCAGCGAGCCACCCACAGGCAUGUGUGCCAACCUSCACGGAGCCCUCGACCUCUUCUCCCAGGAAACGCUGGAGCAGUGCAGCAAAGACACCGAGUUCAGGUGCAUUUUGUUUGCCCUUUGCUACUUCCACGCAGCGGUGGCCGAGCGGCGCAGGUUCGGCACUCAGGGCUGGAACAGAUCAUACCCCUUCAACAACGGCGACCUGACCGUCUCUGUUAACGUCCUGCAAAACUACCUGGAGGCCAACCCCAAGGUGCCAUGGGAUGAUCUCCGGUACCUCUUUGGUGAGAUCAUGUAUGGGGGACACAUCACGGACGAUUGGGACCGCCGGCUGUGCCGCACAUACCUGAGCGAGUACGUGCGGGCCGAGAUGCUCGAUGGGGAGGUGGCCUUGGCUCCGGGCUUUAUGAUCCCUCCCCGCWUGGAUUACCAGGCCUACCACGAGUACAUCGAUGACAACCUGCCAGGUGAGAGUCCCCACCUGUACGGGCUGCACCCCAAUGCAGAGAUGGGAUUCCUGACCGUCACCUCRGAGAGGCUCUUCCGCACGGUGCUGGAACUGCAGCCCAAGGAAUCCGAGGCUGCUGGGGGCACAGGUACCUCCCGAGAGGAACAGGUGAAGACAGUCCUGGAUGAAAUCCUUGGGCAGCUGCCGGAGGCAUUCAACAUGGAGGAGUUGAUGGCAAAGGCAAAGGAAAAAACCCCGUACACUGUUGUAGCCCUGCAGGAAUGUGAAAGGAUGAACAUCCUGACCCAUGAGAUCAGGCGCUCGCUGAAGGAGCUGGACCUGGGACUGCAGGGAGAGCUGACGAUUACAUCCGAGAUGGAAGACCUGUCAAACGCUCUCUUCUAUGACAGUGUUCCAGAAUCUUGGACACGUUAUGCCUAUCCCUCUCUCCUCAGCUUGGCAACCUGGUAUGCAGACCUGCUCCUGCGGAUCAGGGAGCUGGAAGUCUGGACAACAGAUUUUGUGCUGCCUGCAGCAGUGUGGCUGGCAGGAUUCUUCAACCCCCAAUCCUUCCUCACAGCCAUCAUGCAGUCCACAGCUAGGAAAAAGCAGUGGCCACUGGACAAGAUGUGUCUGGCAGUGGAGGUGACCAAGAAAACCCGCGAGGAGAUAACAUUUCCCCCUCGAGAAGGCUCCUAUGUGCAUGGGCUGUACAUGGAAGGUGCCCGCUGGGACAUCCCCUCCGGCUCCAUCGCCGACGCGCGGAUGAAGGAGCUGACGCCCGAGAUGCCGGUGAUCCUGCUCAGAGCCAUCCCYGUGGACCGCAUGGACACCAUCAACAUCUACGAGUGUCCCGUCUACAAGACACGGACGCGGGGGCCCACCUACGUCUGGACCUUCAACCUGAAGACAAAAGAAAAAGCUGCCAAGUGGGUCCUGGCUGGUGUGGCUCUCCUCCUGGAGACCUAGAGUUCAGUGACAAAGGAAAAGAGCRAGGCAAAAAAACUUGCAAAAACCUCUAUGUUUGAUUGUACCAGAACCAUUUUAGAACAUUUCAAUAAAAGCAGAGUUGGAAGUGCUGCUGUGUGCAGGCUGCUCUUGCAGCACGUGGGCUUCUCAGGGCGGAUACUGGUUUUCCACUGGUGGUUUCUGACGUGGYGCUGGUGGGGAGCCAGACCACCGUGGGAAGCCAGACAGAAAAACUGCAUGCAAGUGCCGACUCCUUUCCCUCUCCUGGCUCUCCACGUUCCCACAGCUCUUUGURUGAUGGCUCAGAGCAAACUGAGCACAAACACCUCAUGCUCCUGCAUGGAGCACGUGUCUGGCUGGAGCAGAUGGGACAAGAAUGUGCAGGUUUGGUCCAGUUCACCCACACCAAACCUGCACAGCCCAGAGAAGGUCCAGCUGCAAACAGGUCCCUCUCUGAAAUA